AUGAACGCCCCAAUACUGAUGAUCAAAAAGCAGGUGAACAAGCUACACGACAAGAUGAAGGCCAUCAAGAGCAAUCGCGAAGACGAGAAGAAGCAGGAGAGCGCGCCGCCACCGCCAGCAUAUCCUCCGCCAUCACAUCCUCCGCCAGUGUUCCCUCAACCACCAAAUCCCGCCCCUCGACCACUGCGGGCGCUUCUAGCACCACCACUGCUUCCACUGUCCCGUCAACCGCCACCACCGACUGUCCCGGACAUGGCUCCAGACCGCGUGGUAGCUCCCUUCGCCACUCGAGCACCUCACCAGGACCACCCAGCCUCCCGUCCGUCUUACCAGCACAACAAUCACAAACUGGUCACUGAUGCUAUGCCCGCUCCACUAGCAUUCCAUCCGUUCAAGCCGCAAGACCGCGGCCACCGCCCACAACACCGCAAGCCACUGGCGGAGAUCCAUCCCAACAUCGCGCCUCGUCGUGGCGUGCCUCAGAUGGGCACCUUCCAGAUCCCGCUUGACCCAUCAAUUUCACUCGACUCGGUCGAGCAGUACUUCUCUAAGCAACCGCAGUAUGAUGAUGGUGGAGCCCGUCUGGGACGCAUUCCUACACCAGACAUCUUCAAGAAAGCCGCCAAGAGCGCUUUCGUCAGACGCGAUAUGGACAACAUGGAUGAAGUCUUCCCUGACUUCCCGAGUAAAGCUGCUGAGACGGCUGUCGUGAAGAUCAAAGCUGAGCGUGAGAAGAAGAAGCAAGAGUCAGACGAUUGGACGUCAGUACUCUCCAUGGGUGAUCUCGGAGUAACGCUGUCCGCCCAGCACGAGUCCCUCGACCAAGCUCCAGUAUCAGACAUUGGCACCCUCCAAAAGCUGCCGGGCGAACUCCGAAACACCAUAUACCGCCUCGUAGCAGUCAACCCCUCCGGCUCCAUCAAAAUCAUCCUCAAGACCGGCGAAUGUGACCAAGGCAAAUGCACCCACCGCGAAGCUCCCAACAUCGUCCCCGGCCUCGCCAACACCUGCCGCCAACUCCGCCACGAAAUCAUGCCAAUCUUCUGCGCCGAGAACAAGACCUUCCACUUCGACCACCGCACCGUCGCCGAGCGCUGCACAGUCGGCUACCUCUCCACUCUAGGCUCCUACAUCGACCUGAUUCAGGAGUACAAGUUCGACAUGGUGCGUCCUUGCUGGGCUGGGGUGCAGUUUCUGGGGUACGCCACGUAUAACUUCACCCUCACUACGCCUGCCGCUUCGGCAACGGGACAGUGGGCGCUACAUCAGGACUUCACGAUGAGUGACGAGCUUGCUGCUGCUGUUGCGGCGGUGCGGCCACCUGUUACGGUAGAGGUUAUCUGUCAGUGUGAGCUUGUCAAGAUGGUGGCUGGAUUGAACGGACACAAUAGUCAGUAUGGACAUGGCUCCACGAAGGGAUGUGGGUUGAUGGCGUUGAGGAUUGCUAGUGCGGCGAGGUGGGCUGAUUACGUCUAUGAAUUGAAGAAGUCGAAGCAGUACAUGGGGGCUCUGCGGCCGUGCAAGGACUGCAACAAGGUGAAGUUUGUUUGA